CAACGCUGCUGCUGCUGCUGACACUCAUCACCGACCAGCUCAGAUAUAUAGAUUAGGAUGAACAGUUGCUGAGACAAGCAGGAAACCCGAGGGCAACACCGUAGGGACCGAGCGGAUAUUAAACGUUAGCCUCGCCGUUUAACGUUCACGUUGCUCGGGGAGUUGCGAUGGUCCAGUCAAGGGAUAUUUUUUUAGCCUUGCUUCUCGUGGGCUGCACAGUUUCACUGGAGGUGCAGAUCACACCAAGUCAUGGUGAGAUUAGUCUUGGAGAGUCCAAAUUCUUCAUGUGUGAAGUUGUAGGCGUUGCCAAGCACAUAGACUGGUUUGGACCAAGUGGGGACAGGAUAGAGCCGAACAGACCAGACAUAACAGUAACCCGUAAUGAUGAGUCAUCUUCCACCCUCACACUGUAUAAAGCUGGGACUGAAAAUGCAGGGACAUACAAGUGUGUCGCUACCAAUGGAGACCAGCAAGGGGAGUCAACCGUCAAAGUGAAAAUCUUUCAAAAAAUCACUUUCACAAAUGCGCCCUCACCACAAGAGUUUACCGAAGGAGACAACGCCAACAUAGUCUGUGAUGUCAUCAGUUCACCUCCUCCCACUGUGUUCUGGAAAUACAAAGGAGCAAAAAUACAGAUGGAAAAAGAUGUUCGCUUUAAAGUGCUGAGCAACAAUCACCUUCAAAUCCGUGGCAUAAAGAAGACGGAUGAGGGCUUAUAUACCUGCGAGGGUCGCCUCAUGGCCCGCGGCGAGAUUGAUCUGCGGGUCAUCAAGGUCGUAGUGAACGUGCUCCCAACCAUCAGGGUAUGGCAGUUAGAGGUGAAUGCCACAGCAGAUGUCGGGCAGUCUGCCAUGUUGACUUGUGCCGUUGAUGGCUAUCCUGAACCCAUGGUGACUUGGACAAGGAACGAAGUGGUUCUCGAAGCAGGAGAGAAGUAUAGCUUUAAUGAAGAUGGCUCAGAAAUGACAAUAAUGGAUGUUACCAAGCUGGAUGAAGGAGAGUACACCUGCAUUGCCAAGAACAAGGCUGGGGAAAGUGAGCAAGAGCUCAGUCUAAGAGUGUUUGUCAAACCUAAGAUCACAUACAUCGUAAACCAGAGCACUUCAGAGAUGGAGGAGCAGGUAACUCUGACUUGUGAGGCUUCAGGUGAUCCGACUCCCACCAUCAACUGGAGCUACGGUGAUAACAUCUUCACUGAAGGAGAGCAGGCACAUCUAAACAGGAUCUAUCAGGCAUCAUGGACUCGGCCCGAGCAGCACAAGAGUCUGGAUGGAAAUGUGGUGGUGAGGAGUGAUGCUCGUGUGUCCUCCCUCACUCUGAAGUAUGUCAAGUAUACAGACGCUGGUCAGUACCUCUGCACCGCACGCAGUGCCAUUGGAGAGGAUGAUCAGCCGGCAUAUCUGGAGGUCCGCUAUGCCCCUAAGAUACAUGGUGCCGUGGCAGUGUAUACCUGGGAGGGAAACGCUGUGAAUAUCAGCUGUGAGGUCAAGGCUCAUCCCAGUGAUGUAUCUAUUGUUUGGCUGAGAGAUGGACUGCAGCUCCCCAACUCAAACACCACCAACAUUAAGAUCUUCAGGACUCCAUCAUCCAGCUACCUACAGAUAACCCCUGAGUCUGAAAAUGACUUUGGGAGCUAUAACUGCACUGCCUCUAAUGAGAUGGGCACAGAGUCCAAGGAGUUCCUGCUCAUUCAGGCCGAGGUGCCAUCAGCUCCAUCCAUCAGUGAGGUGAGACCCUUCUCCACCACAGCACAGAUCCAGUUUGAGGAGCCUGAGUCCAAUGGAGGUGUCCCUGUCCUGAAAUACACAGUGGAAUGGAGGACACAGGGCAGGGGCAGCUGGGUAAAAAAGGUCUACGAGGCCGAAGAUGGCUCCAUCAGUGAGGUGACUAUCACAGGCCUGAAGCCAGAGACCGGCUAUGAAGUGAUGUUGUCAGCCAUCAAUGGCAAGGGUGAAGGUGAAAGCAGCCCCGCUGAGCUCUUCAAGACCGAGCCUGUCCGGAAUCCCAAUCCUCCUAAGCUUGAAGGGGCACUUCAACCGAAAGGCAACUCCCUCAAAGUGAGCUGGGUCAAGCAGGACGACGGCGGCUCACCCAUCUUACAUUAUCUCGUCCGCUACAAACCAGUACAAGCGCCAGAGUGGAAACCAGAAAUCCGACUGCCCAGCGGCAGCGAGUACGUGGUUCUCAGCGGCCUGGAGUGGGACACGGAGUACAAUGUCUAUGUGGUGGCAGAGAACCAGAAGGGCAAGUCCCAACCAGCAACCAUGUCCUUCAGGACUUCCACAGAGCCAGAUGCCAUCCCAGAUUUGGGUGACGAGGCAGCGCUCUCCAUGGGCAUCAUGCUCUGGGCAGGGAUCCUGGUUGUAGUAUUUGUCCUCCUGCUGCUGGCUGUGGACGUCACCUGUUACUUUGUCAACAAAUGUGGCCUCAUCAUGUGCCUCUGUGGCAAAUCAGGCACAGGGACCAAGGGACACAACGUGGAGGAGAGCAAGGCAUCUUACAUGAAAGAUGAGUCCAAAGAGCCGAUAGUGGAAGUCAGAACAGAGGAUGAGUGCACAGCCAAUCAUAACGUAGCGGGACCGACAGAACCCAAUGAAACUACGCCUCUCACAGAGCCAGAGAAGAUUUUUUCUGAUGAGAAAGUCAAACUGGAGGAGGCAGAGUUAUCGAACGCCCUGACGGAGAUCGCUGCAGAACACAACAGUGUCAUACAGACAAAAACCACCGAAAGCAAAGCAUGAUGGGCCGGGAAAACCCCAGCCCAAUCCAAAACAUUUUGCAGCAGCAACAAGCAAGAAACACUGCAGGAGUUUUGAUUUCCAGUGCCCUUAACUACAUAUUCAAAACACACCUGUUGAUUGGUUAGAGUGCACUUUACUGUGCUUUCAUUUCUGCUUUCAUUCAUGACAUGUUUACUGCACCCGAGGAGUUUAUCUUUAGGUCAUAAGAGAUUUAUUUUAUUUUUUUAUUCUUAUUUUAUUUAACCAGUCAGGAUAACUGAGAAGUCUUGUAUUGUAAUGAUUGCUUGGAAAAUAUAUGAAAUUAGACUCUACUUUCUAUUGUGCUUACAUUUUAAAUUGCAGUUGCACACAAGUAUUGGAUUAUAAUGAGAAAUGUAAAAAAAAAAAAAACUGACUAUAUAUAGAAAUUAUUUUUCUUAUUUUCAUGUUCUAAUGCUCAAAUGUAAAACUGUUUGCAUCUUUUUUUUAGUUUUGUUUGACAGUUUAAUUUGUGGCCUAGUCUCAUUGAAUAGCUUGUUCUGCAUGUCUGACCUGUAAGUGGUUGUAAAGUUUUGUUUACGAGGUUUAUUGUUUCACUUUGUCUGUUAUAGGGAUGUUUCAUCUCUCUCAGAUUUACUGGCACUGAUUGAACAUAGCCCCGAGUUCAGUGUUUGGAUUAAAACCAUAUUUGCUAUGGUUACAAAAUAUACAAGAUUAACCCACAACCAGCUGCAGGGAAGGGGGAAAGAGACCGACAGAAUCCCACAACACAUCGACAGUGUGCACCAUCAGAUCGGAUUUAUAAAGUCUGCCACUGCCUUACCACCGUUUUAGUUAAAAAAUAUUCAUUAAUAAAGUGUAUUUGAUUUUUAAAAAAAGGCAACUCAUUGAACACAAGCAUUCACAGAAAGACAAAAAAAAAAAAAAAUUCAGAACUGCUGAUUCUCAGCCAAGG